UGGCCCUUUCUACCUCAUAGCAGAGUGACAGUGAAAGAAGGACCCAAACCUUUAAUCUUGUUUUGCAGUGGAUUAGCAGAAAGCUGCUGCGACAGCCUGGAAAUUACCAUGGAGAAAAUCCUGAAAGCAGAAUUGAAAACUUCUGUUCUGAAGGCAUUUGGAAGCUCCGGAGGAGGAUACAUUAGCCAAGGACAAGGUUAUGAAACAGACAGUGGGCGAGUGUUUGUUAAAAUCAACCAUAAAUCUCAGGCUAGAAAAAUGUUUGAAGGGGAAAUGGCAAGUUUGGAAGCUAUUCAGAAAACCAAUAUUGUGAAAGUGCCUCAGCCUAUUAAAGUGAUUGACCUACCUGGAGGAGGAGCAAUGUUUGUCAUGGAGUACCUAAAGAUGAAGCACCUCAGCAAAUACUCUUCAAAGCUUGGAGAGCAGAUAGCAGAUCUUCAUCUUUAUAACCAGAAACUUGGAGAGAAAUUGAGAAAGGAGGAAAACACAAUUGGUAAAGGGGCAGCUCGCUCUGAGUCUCAGUAUGUGGAUAAGUUUGGAUUCCAUAAGGCCACUUGCUGUGGUUACAUUCCGCAGGUGAAUGAAUGGCAGAGUGAUUGGCCUUCUUUCUUUAUUCGUCACCGACUCCAAGCUCAGCUGGAUUUGAUUGAAAAAGAUUAUGGAGACAGAGAAGCCAGAGAACUUUGGUCACAGCUAAAACCAAAGAUUCCUGAAAUGUUCUGUGAUGUGGAAAUUGUUCCUGCUCUCCUGCACGGGGACCUGUGGGCAGGAAAUGUGGCUGAAGACGACUCUGGGCCAAUUAUCUUUGACCCUGCCUCCUUCUAUGGCCAUUCAGAAUUUGAACUGGCCAUUGCUGGAAUGUUUGGUGGGUUUAGCAGCUGCUUUUUUUCUGCCUAUCACAGUAAAAUACCCAAAGCUCCAGGAUUUGAGAAACGAAUCAAAUUGUAUCAGCUCUUUAAUUAUAUAAACCACUGGAACCAUUUUGGGACGGGGUACAGAGGAUCUACCCUAAAUGUAAUGAGGAAACUUCUGAAGUGACCAGAGAGGUUUGAGAAAUUCUGACAUAGUCCUUUAGUAACAAACAGCCCCUGCUUAUCAGAUGUAACACAAACUAGGAAU